AUGUUUCUGGAGGUUUUCUUAUCACUCUGUCUUUGUUGGUUAUUAUGGUUCCUGAUUACGACCCACUUAAGUCGUCGCUCUCUUCCUCCCGGUCCUUUCCCAUUACCAAUAAUAGGAAACGCUCAUCAAUUGGGUACCAAUCCUCCCUUCUCCAUGGAGGGAAUUCGCAAUAAAUAUGGAGAAAUAUACACGCUACAUUUGCCCGUGGGAACAUUUGUGGUAGUGAAUAGUGGCAGACUAGCGCGCGAGGCACUGGUAACGAGGAAAGAUGAUUUUUCUGGCCGACCAAAUGAUGCAGCAAAUUUUCCAUUACGUGACAUAUUCCAUGGAAAAGACAUAAGUUUCACUGAUUUUGGUGCAAGUUUUUUAUUCCGUCGUCGAAUUAUCAGUUCUGCGUUUCAUGUAUUUGGCGAGGGACUACAGGAAGCCGAAGAAAGGGUGAGCAAGGAAGUUGGUUGUUUGCUUGAGUGGUUGGGAGAUAGUGAUGGAAAACCAACUGCACCAUAUACUGGUAUAAGCAUUACUAUGAUUAAUAUCAUGGGCGAAUGGCUAUUUUCGAAGCGAUACGAUUACCGAGAUCCAACUUUAAAGAAACUAUUAAGUUUUAACGAAAAACUUUUGUAUGUCGUUCAACAAGGACGUAUUUAUCAAGCAUUUCCAUUUUUAAAGUAUCUGCCAUCAAAAGUUAUGAAAACUUUAAGUGAAGUUCUGAGCACGCGCGAUGAGUUCUUUGGAUCACAUUUAAGUGAGCACAAGGAAAGUUACCAAGAUGAUGUCAUACGAGAUAUUACUGAUGCUUUACUUGCUGAAUACAACAAAGAAAAAUCCAAGAAACUUGAUAAAACAAUGGGAUCCAAAGAUGAUAUUAAGUAUUUUUUGAUGAACAUUUUUGUAGCAGCAAGCGAUACAAGCGCCUCGGUAUUAACAUGGUUUAUGUUAUACAUGGUCAUUUACAAGGAAGUGCAAGAAAAAAUUCAAAAAGAAAUCGAUCUUGUAGUCGGUGAUCACCGCUUACCAAACUGGAAAGAUGCUGAAAACCUGCCUUAUCUUCUUUCUACUAUUUGUGAAGUCAUGCGCCACUCGAGUUUUGUACCGAUAAAUAUACCACAUAAAGCAACACGUAAUUCAACCAUCAAUGGCUAUAUUAUUCCUAAAGAAACUGUAAUUUUAUUCAACUUCGCAGCCAUUCACAACGACCCCUGUGAUUGGGAAGAACCAAGAGAGUUUAAACCUGAACGUUUUCUUGAUGAAAGCGGAAAAUUUUUCGGCUGGAAUACUCUCCCCAAUUUUUUUCCGUUCGGAGCAGGUCGUAGGAUGUGUCCAGGCGAAAAUCUUGGUAAAUUACAGGUCUUUAUUCUAGCGUCCAACGUCUUGCAUCAAUUCUGUUUGAAAACUGUGGGCAAUGAACCCCAGCCAAGCCUUAAGAAUAAUAUUCCAGGACCUAUUUUAUAUCCUAAAAAAUAUAAAAUUUGUGCUAUAAAGCGGUUCUAA